GGCCGGGAGAAUGGAGUACCACAACGUGAGUAGUGUUCUUGGCAAUGUGUCCAGUGUGUUGCGUCCGGAUGCGCGACUCUCCGCAGAAUCGCGUCUCCUGGGCUGGAAUGUGCCGCCGGAUGAACUACGUCACAUACCCGAACACUGGCUGAUAUACCCGGAGCCGCCGGAAUCGAUGAACUAUCUGCUGGGUACGCUCUACAUCUUCUUUACGGUCAUAUCGAUGAUUGGGAAUGGCCUCGUAAUGUGGGUCUUCUCCGCGGCCAAGUCGCUAAGGACUCCGUCCAACAUCCUUGUGAUCAAUCUGGCCUUCUGCGACUUUAUGAUGAUGAUCAAGACGCCCAUCUUCAUCUACAACAGCUUCCAUCAGGGCUAUGCCCUGGGACACUUGGGCUGUCAGAUCUUCGGGGUCAUUGGCUCCUACACGGGGAUUGCGGCGGGUGCCACGAACGCCUUCAUCGCCUACGACCGCUACAAUGUGAUAACGCGACCCAUGGAGGGCAAGAUGACGCAUGGCAAGGCCAUAGCCAUGAUAAUUUUCAUCUAUCUGUAUGCCACGCCCUGGGUGGUGGCCUGCUACACGGAAUCCUGGGGCCGCUUCGUCCCCGAAGGAUAUCUCACGUCGUGCACCUUUGAUUAUCUGACGGAUAACUUUGAUACGCGUCUCUUCGUGGCCUGCAUCUUCUUCUUCAGCUUCGUCUGCCCCACCACCAUGAUCACGUACUACUACUCGCAGAUUGUGGGCCAUGUGUUUAGCCACGAGAAGGCGCUGCGUGAUCAGGCCAAGAAGAUGAAUGUCGAUUCGCUGCGCUCAAAUGUGGACAAGAGCAAGGAGGCUGCAGAAAUUCGCAUUGCCAAGGCGGCCAUCACCAUUUGUUUCCUGUUCUUUGCGUCCUGGACACCAUACGGCGUGAUGUCCCUCAUUGGAGCAUUUGGGGACAAGACUUUGCUCACUCCCGGCGCCACAAUGAUCCCCGCCUGCACCUGCAAAAUGGUGGCCUGCAUAGAUCCCUUCGUGUAUGCCAUCAGUCAUCCCAGAUAUCGCAUGGAGCUGCAGAAGCGCUGCCCCUGGCUGGCCAUCAGCGAGAAGGCCCCCGAAUCGGCGGCCGCCAUCUCCACCAGCACCACGCAGGAGCAGCAGCAAACGACGGCGGCCUAAAACCAAUCGAUUUGUGGAUUAUGAUGAUGACGAACUGCUUCCCCUCUACCGGAAACGAACUCGUAAUACAAAAUGCCAUGGAAAAACUUCUAUAAAAAUUCAAGUCUUUGAUGAAAGUCUUUGUGGUGGAAAAUGUGUGAAAUAUUGUAUGAUUAUGAUUUGUAGGCUAUUGUUUUUGAUGUUAAAUAAUCAAAUAUAGUAAUGUAUUGCAAGAAAGA